UCAGUGAGGUAAUAACAAACAUGGCGGCGCUCGGUACAGCACGGUGCUUAUUUCGGAGAUACUCCUGGGUGAAAAAUGUCCAAAAAAGCAAACAAAUGUUGGUCAAAUGCACCGCCAGGACGCUUUGUAGUGGAACACAAGAUAACGCCCUCUCAGACAUCACAAAGCCCCAGUUCACAGAUGCAGCCGUGCAGGACCUCCUGACCAGGAUAACAGGCCUGGACCUGGAGAAAGUCUUCCGGCCCAUCAAACAGGAGCUGAAGCCGCCAACAUAUAAACUCAUGACUGACGAGCAACUGGAGGAGGCAGUGGAGGUGGCCGAAGAGCAGGCGAAGAAGAUGCUGCAGAUGCCCCCCGUCCUGCCGGAGAGGAAGCCCAUCCACGACGUGCUGUCUGAGGACCAGAUCCUGGAGGGCAUGGACACCGCCAAAUACGUCUUCACAGACAUCACUUUCAACAUCCCUCACAGGGAGAGGUUUGUUGUUGUACGGGAGCCCAACGGGGUCCUUAGGAAGGCCUCAUGGGAGGAGAGAGACCGGCUCAUUCAGGUCUACUUCCCCAAGGAGGGGCGCAAACUCACAGCGCCCCUCCUCUUCAAGGAGGAGAACCUCAAGAUGGUGUUCUCUCAGGACCGCCACGAGGACGUGCUGGACUUGUGUCUCGUCCAAUUUGAGCCCGACUCCUCAGACUUCAUCAGGGUCCACUCUGCCACCUAUGAGGACCUGGAUAAGCACGGCAAAUACGAUCUGCUGCGCUCCACCCGGCACUUCGGGGGCCUGACCUGGUUCCUGCUGAACGCUCGCCGGGUGGACGGGCUCAUCGUGCACAUGCUGAAGAGAGAGCAGCUCCAGGAUGCAGUGAACCUGGUGUCUCUGUUCCACAUGGUCCACCCUCACAGCGAGUCAGCGCAGGAAGCUUCCAGCCAGCAGGCCGCCGGCGCCGAGCUGCUGAAGAUUUAUGCCCAGAAGGAGUCUCAGAGGUCGGGCUACAUCGAGCUGGCCCUGCAGGCUCAUGAACAGAUGGCUGCCAAGAGCGCCAGCGCCUGACUGGACCACUAGAUGGAAAUAUACAAAUUCAUCCUCAUGACGAAUGGUACCAUGACCAGAGGGAUACACUGAAAAUUGCAUCUCGUAUGUCAAACACAGCUUUCAGUGUUGGGGUCGAAGUGGAGUAUGUGAUCCUUGACUUAAAGAAUUAGCUUUAAAACUGAUGAAGAUGCAGUUAGUCAUUUAUACAUGGAAAGAAAAAUGUUUCUGUGAGUGAAGUCAAAAUGAUGUAAAUAAAAGAUCUUUGUACUAA